GGGAACUGGGCCCUGUCACUGUGUCGGUACCGGCUAGUUCUGUACUGGGUAGGUUCUGUGGGUCAGUAACUGGCAGUCGCUUGUGUGUUGCAGCUAUGACCAUGCAGUUUAUAAGUCACCGCUUCCCAGAAGAUCACGACCCGACUAUCGAGGACGCCUACAAAAUGCGCAUUCGGAUUGAUGAUGAGCCGGCCAAUCUGGACAUUCUGGACACUGCGGGGCAGGCCGAGUUCACAGCUAUGCGGGACCAGUACAUGCGUGCCGGCGAGGGCUUCAUCAUCUGUUACUCCAUCACUGACCGGCGCAGCUUCCACGAAGCGCGAGACUUCAAACAGCUCAUCUACCGCGUUCGGCGAACUGAUGACACCCCCGUGGUGCUGGUGGGAAAUAAGUCUGACCUGUCUCGUCUGCGCCAGGUCUCCAAGGAGGAGGGCAGUUCUCUGGCGCGGGAAUUUAACUGCCCGUUCUUCGAGACCUCGGCCGCUUUCCGUUACUACAUUGACGACGUGUUUCACGCGCUAGUGCGAGAGAUCCGCAGGAAGGAGAGGGAGGCGGCCCUGGCCAAUGAGCGCAAGCUGAAGCCGAGGGCCACACUCUGGAAGAGGCUGAAGUCCCCGUUUAGAAGGAAAAAGGAUUCGGUGACGUGAAUGUUCCCGAUGCCCCGUGUCUGCCCCCCACCCUGAGUGCCUCUCGGUGCCCCCGUCUGAGCCCCAAUGCUCCAGCUGAAUGUAUAUAUGUGAGUGUGAGUGUGAGUGCACUGGAACCCCCUCCCCCAUCACACUCUGCCUGAUACUAACCGUGCCACUAACAGUGUAGGGAAGUGCCCCCCCGUGGGGCAGCACAAUAGCCCCAGUGUCUCAGGGCCGCGCCAACCUUCCCACAGUGCCUUCUCCAUCCUGUGUCGCCAGUGGUGUUUGUGCAGGAGGAAGCCAUGCUUCAUAGGCACCGCCCCCCAAAGUAGUGGGCCGGCCUUAAUGUAAGUAGGCCACACCCUUCCCAGUGUCAUAGUAGGGCUGAAACGCAGAAGUCUGAUAUAUGAAUCCAGGGGGAGUCAGAGAAACCCCCCCACAGGGCAACUGCAGUGCAGCCUCACCGGGGUAAUAAACCCCUCCGUUCCCUGGG